UAUGAGAAUGUUCUGUGUCCAUUGUAAGAAAAAAAGAUCCUGUUGUCUUUUCCGUUAUUAACUGGAAAUGACGCACGAUUCAUUGCGUAGAAAAGUGUUGUACAGAUCAAAUUAUUGUUGAAGUAUUCAUGAGAAGUGUAAACAAUUCUAUUGAUAAACAGUAUGGCCAAUCAACAAAGAUUAUGUACAGUGCAUGAAUCACUCAUGGAAAUACUGCUUGAACGAAACUGUUGAUUUUCUGCCACUUAAUUCUUCUUGUUAUUUGCCAAAAAAACACAAGCUGUUGAUGUUUCAUUCUUUGGAUAAGGCUUUUUACAUAAGGUUAUGUGUACGAUAAUCGAUGAUUAAUAUGUUCUGAGACGUUAUCCGUGUUCCAUCAGUGGUUGAUUACAUACUUCGCAGUUUUUAAACUGAUUAAUUAAGUAACCAUUUGUCGAUAGACUUACCCGUAUCGGUAACGUUAAAAUACAUUUCCCCGGGUAUGUUGAAAUUAUCCUAAACUUAAACAACGAUCAACGUUGAUACCGUGAGAUCUACUCGUGAGAAUGGCCGAUGAAACAGAAAUCGUUCGUCUUGCCAACGAGGAUAUCGAGUGUCUGGAAGCUGAGGUAGACGGUGAUGAUGUAGAUGAAGAAGGUUCCGACGGGGUUGUCGUUCCAGAGCUUCAGGGUACAUUAUCCAAAUGGACAAAUUAUAUACAUGGCUGGCAAACUAGAUUUAUUGUUCUCAAAGAUGGUACUUUAUCUUAUUACAAAUCUGAGCAGGACAGUGGAUUUGGAUGUCGUGGUUCAAUAAGUUUGUAUAAAGCUAACAUUAAGGCGCACGAAUUCGAUGAGUGUAGAUUCGAUGUGUCUGUGAAUGAUUGCCUGGUAUGGUAUUUAAGAGCAAACUGUCCAGAAGAAAAACAACGUUGGGUAGAUAUUCUGAAAUCAUAUAAGUCAGAAUCUGGUUAUGGAAGCGAGAAUAGUCUGAAACGUCAUGGUAGUGCCAUUUCGCUUGUGUCAAAUACACAAUCUAUUACAAGCGCAGGUAGCUUUACUAAACGUGGUGUUAGAGGAUUAAAAGAAAAAUUAGCAGAACUUGAGACCUUUAGGGAUAUCUUGGUUAAGCAAAUUGAUACUCUGCAAAAAUAUUUUGAUAAUUGUGCAGAGAAUGCUAAGAAUAUUUCCACGAAAGAAAAUAAAGUUGAGACAAUGUUUGAUCCAGCUGAACAAGCAGUAGAUUUUAAGGGAGAAGCAAUAACAUUCAAAGCAACUAGCGAGGGCGUGUUAGCAACAUUGCAGCAUUGUGUUGAGUUAAUGGUACAACGAGAAGAUGCAUGGCGUCGUCGAUGGGAAAAAGAAGUUGAGAAAAAACGAAAAGUGCAAGAACUUUACAAAGUGUUGAAAGAUCAGGUUGGACCACAACAAACUGAUUCACCGAGACCUAGAGUUCUUAUCCAUGGAGGUCCUGAUUACGAGGAAGGUCCGCACAGUGCUCUCUGUGAUGAAGAAUUUUACGAUGCAGUAGAAACUGGAUUGGAUAAAAUCGACGAGGAAAAUCAACUGAGAGACCGUUUGAAGCAAAAGUCAGUUUCAAUUUUAACUGUUCCCACCAUGUCAGCAGCCAAGCACAGGCUUUGGCCAGAGAUAGAGAAAAAAACGAUGCAACAGUUGCAUUAUGCACGACUUGGUGUUGGAGCUGGUGGAUGGCAAUUGUUCGCUGAAGACGGCGACAUGAGAAUGUACAGACGCGAAGAAGAGGCUGAUGGCUUAGUGGUAGAUCCCUUGAAAGCAUGCCAUGUUGUAAAAGGAGUCACUGGCCACGAGGUUUGCCAGAUAUUCUUCAGUCCCGAGUAUAGAACUGGAUGGGAAGCAACCCUGGAAGACAUGACUGUGGUCGAAAACAUUUCCAAAGAUACUUUAGUAUUUCUUCAAACUCAUAAACGAAUUUGGCCGGCGAGUCAGAGAGACGCUCUAUUCUGGUCGCACAUGCGUCGUGUAUCCGAUGAUCAAGAUCCGGAUGCACAUGAUUUAUGGAUAGUUUGUAACCAUAGUACAGAUCAUCCUGACCAUCCUCCAAACACGGGAAAAUGUGUACGAGUUUAUCUGACCGUGUGUCUUGUAUGUCAAACCUUUAUCGAUCCACCGAAAGAUGAAGAAGAAAUAAAGAGAGAUAACAUUACGUGCAAAAUAACAUACUGUUCCGUUGUUAAUCCUGGUGGAUGGGCUCCAGCGUCUGUCUUACGUGCUGUUUAUAAAAGGGAGUAUCCAAAGUUCCUUAAACGUUUUACUAGUUUUUGUAUUGAUCAGUGUAAAGACAAACCGAUUAUAUUUUAAGUGUAAUUCGAUAGAUAUUCCAUAUUUUCCAUCCAAUUCUUUAUUUAUGACAUUGGGACAUCGUUCUGACGCUCUCGAUGCAUUAAUAUAUCAAAGAUAACAAAUCAGAAGUUACAUAAUACAGAAAACUCGAAAAGAAAAACUCUCCCAGUAUAAAUGAAAGUGUUUUGUAUACUAUUUUUUUUAUUUGCUUAAUAUGAUAGCUUAAUGGAACAGAAUAUAAACUGUUCCAUCGAAAGUGAUUUAAUAAAGUGUAAAAAAAACAUUAUAUACACUUCCGAGGUAAACUUUGGAACACGCGCGCUGAAGCACUGUUUAUAAAUUAUAUUUACUUCUUUAAAUAAUAGCCUGUUAUUUUAUUGUUAUACACAAUGCUGUCGCAAGCCAUUUGUAAAAAUCUUAACGAAACGAUUACAUAUACAUUUAUCUAUUGUUAUAUUAAAUAUUCAAUUAAAUACGAAACUGUAUAAUACAAAUUAUAUUGUUAUUUUUAUUUAUACAUAAAAUGUGUACAAAGAUACACAAUAUAAUGGUCGAAUGAAGAAACAUAAUAAAGACUGUUGUAGAUUUGUCUUAAAUCGUAUUUUA